AUGGCGUCUCACGCGCUCUGCCGCCUGAUGGAGCACGGCGGCCGCGCCGCGCGCGGCGCGAUGCGGCGGCGGCUGGCGGCGGCGUGCCCCGGGGCGUCCGAGGAAGACGUCGACGCCGCGGCGGAUGCGGGGCGGCUCGACUGGUUGCUGCUCUCCCGCGCGGCCGCGGCCGCGGCGGCCCGCGGCCGCGCGCGCGCCGGCGCCUCGGCGUGCUGCGGCGGCGGCGGUGAGUCCGAUCAUGAUGCUGAGCUGGCGGCGGUUGAGGCGAUGCCCAGGUCAGCGCUGGACGGGCUGCUUCGGCUUGUGAGCCCGAAGGACUGCGCCUGCGCGGGAUCUCAUCGCUGGGUCAACGCGGCCGCGGUCGGCCUUGCCGCGCGCUGGGUGGGGGCGGCGGCCGCCGAGGGCGCCGGGGGCGCGGGCGCGGGCGGCGAGGCACGGGCGCGCCGGGCGAGGGCGAAGCUGGCAGGCAGCUUUUUGGCGGUGGGCGGGUGCUGGCGGCUGGCGGCGCUGCUGGACGACUGCGUGGAUGAGGCGGACAAGGCCCCCACCUUCCAGUCCAGGGACUCCCAGCGCAGCCACAAGCGCGGCGUCGCGGCGCAGGCCCUCCAAUUGGCAGGCCAACUCCUCCAUUGGUGUGACGAGCUCCGACCGCCCUCGCCGCCCGCCCACCAACCCCCGCGGGCCCCGCCGGCGUCGCCCUCGCGCCACGCGCGCGCGGUGGGCCCGCCGUCUGCAGGGGCGUCGCCUGCGGCGGCGAAGGCGCCGGUGGGGCCGGAGCCGGCGCACCUGUGGGCGCUGUCGUCGGCGGCGCUGGCGCUGGCCGGGGACUGGCUGUCUUGGGUGUGCGUCUCAAGCAUCGAGGCGCUCGGCGCGGACGGCGCGGCGGCGGCCGGGCGCGCUGUCAGCGAGCUCUGCGAGCGGGCGCACGCCACCGCCGGCGCCCCGGCCCUCUCUGACCUCGACCCCUGCUGGCGCGCGGUGCGCGUGCUGGGAGACGAGCGGACGGGCGUCGCGGCGCAGCUGCUCGGCGCCCACGUGGUCUGCAGCUACCCGGCAGUCGUCAGGCUGGCAUGCUGA